AUGAUCGAGCUGGCCGGGAGCUCGCGCGCAAUAAUGGAGUUCUGCGCGCAGCAGCGUUUCAAUCCGCCGCCUCCGAACACCAAACAACCGCCGCCGCCGGCGAGGGCGCCGGCGACUUGGCCUCGCUCCGGCCACCCCUACACCGCUGGUCGCCUCAGCCGGUCUUCUUCGCGCGACCCAAGCCGGGCGCUGCAGGUCGCUGCAGCCACCACGAAUGCUCGUCCCUCUGAAGUCGUCUGCGUGAAGAACAGCAUCCAGGACACGAAAUUACCGAGGGCGGGCAAAUUUUUCGAGCUGGAGAUGACGGUCCGCGACUGCGACCUCGACAAGUACGGGGUUGUCAACAAUGCCGUAUAUGCUGCUUACAUCGAAACAGCUCGACAGGAGAUGAUUACAAGCCUCGGCGUCCGCACGGCCUCGAUCGCGCGCGCAGGCCGCGCCAUGGCGCUCUCCGAGCUCAACGUCAAGUACUUCGCGCCGUUAAAGCGUGGCGCCAAGUUCGUGGUCAUGGUGAGGGUUGUCGGGAUCAAGGGCGUGCGGAUGCUCAUGGAGCACCUGAUCAAGACGCUGCCGGAGCGUAAGCUCGUGUUAGAAGCGAUGGCCACCGUCGUCUGCCUCAACGAAGACUACCGUCCGACUCGCAUGUUCCCGGAGAUGGCGAAUCUGCUGCACUUCUUCUCUCAAUCAUCCCAACUAUAG